AUGUAAAUCAGUAUAUUGGUAAAUUAUAGAUAAUAUUCAUUCUAUAGAACUUUAGAUGAUAUUUUAAUGAUAUUUUAUUUAAAAUUAACGAUUUAAAAUUAGAAAGAAAAGCAUUAUCGUUAACUCUACAAAUUCAAGUGGAGGGGAACUCUAAAUUCAAAGAUAAAAUUGAAGAUUAAUAGAAAUAGCUAUGUCGAAAAUGUAGGAUAUCAUGAAUGUUUUGCAAUUAUGUUUAGAUUAGAAAGACUUAGAUUAUAUCGUAAUAAUAUUAAGUAAUCUAAUGUAUUAUUGAAGUUUAAUUAAUAUUUGGAUUGUUUUUUUUGAUAGAAUUAUGAGUGGAGUUCCAUUUGUAGAAACAAUUUAAAAAAAAACAGAAUAUGAUAAUGAAUUUUUCGAAACAAAUCGUAAUGUAUUAAAUAUGUAUUUUGAAUAAAUGAGAUCAGCGAAAUAAUUAUCAAAAUGA